GCGCUGCUUCGGCUUUGGUUGGUUUAGGAUCGGUUGGUCGAGUGUGGACCCGGCUGAUGCAUUCGUGUCCAUAGACCCCGUGGAGUUGCACAUCGUCUGCGUCGUCGAUCUCAAGUUUUGUAGUUAAUCGGAAUUAUGAAUGUGGAGAAGUUGAAACGUCUGCAGUCCCAAGUCCGUAUUGGAGGCAAGGGUACACCACGUCGCAAGAAGAAAGUGAUGCACCAGACGGCGGCCACCGAUGAUAAAAAGCUACAGAGUUCUCUGAAAAAACUUUCGGUUAGCACCAUACCGGGCAUUGAGGAGGUGAACAUCAUUAAGGAUGAUCUGACAGUCAUCCAUUUUAAUAAUCCCAAAGCCCAGGCCUCGCUAUCGGCCAAUACGUUUGCGGUCACCGGUCAUGGAGAGACCAAAAAGGUGAUGGAAAUGCUGCCAGAUAUUCUUCCCCAAUUGGGUCAGGAGACAGUGGCCCAACUGCGGAUGUAUGCCAGUUCAAUGAAUCAGCAAAAGACCAACGGAGACCAAACUCUUGGCGGACCAAAUGAUGAUGAUGAAGUGCCCGAAUUGGUUGGUGACUUUGACGAAGUGGCAAAAGUAGAGGCAGAGCAAAAAGAUGUCAAAAAGUUAAAUGAGGAGAAACAGACCACCGGCAAGCAGGAACAAAAGGAGAAGAAACAGGAUAACAAGAAGAAACAGGAGAAUCAGAAUAAAGAGAAAUCGAAUAAAAAUACUAUUGAUGCAACCAAACCAAAUGGUGAAGCAGCAAAGAACAAAAAUCAAAGUAAGCCGGAGGCAAAGAAUAAGGAUCAGGGUAAAUCUCAGACAGCCCCCACUAACCAGAACAUUGGAAUUGAAUCCCAGACGAAACCUCAACCGGAAGCAUCAAAAAAUAAAAAAGACAAUAAGGAAAAAUCAAAAGCUGCUCAAACACAGGGUAAACCGCAAUCAAAUGUUGCUAAACAACCUCCCAAGGUGGAUCCUAAGAUUGGACCAGAAGCUGUUCAAAGUCAAGCAAAAUCCGCAUCCCAGGAAGCUUCUUCGAAGGAUUUGAUCCAACCUACUCCUGAAGUUACUAAAAGUCAAAAAGGAAACGAGUCUACACCGCCUCCUGCAAAGGGACAAGAAAAGCCACCCGCAGAACCCGCCAAGCCACAACCUCAGCCAUCCCUUGUCGACCAACAAGCCAAAUCAUCGACAGAAUCUGCUGCAAACAAGGGUAACCAGGCGGCGCCAGCUGUCAUCAAGGAUACCGCAAAGAAUGUCACUGAACGUGCUGGUAUUGUAGAACCUCCAAAACAGGUCCAAUCCCAACCAGCUACAAUUAAAGAAGAACCAAAGAUUACUCAAGAAACUGCUAAGGUUCAAGUGGAGUCUCAGCAAGCUGCACAAACCAUACCAACCACAGAAACAGCUAAAAUUGAAGUAAAGAGCAAAUCCCCUCCAGCUGCGGUAAAGGAAAAUACUAAGAACGAGGGGAAGGGCAAAUCUCCUCCAGCUAAUAUUAAGGAACCGAUUAGACCAGCGGACAUCCAAAAGACACCGGUUACUGGUAAAGAAGCACCCGCGUCUACUGUUCCAUCUCAGCCAGCUGUGGAUGACAAGCAGACUAAAAUUACUCCAGAUUUGGCCAAAGCUCAAGUAGAUACUUCUCCACCAACUGCUGCAGUUAAGCAACAGGCCACACCGUCUCCAGAAGCAGCAAAGAACAUCCAGAUGCCACCUACAACCGAGGCCAAGCCAAGCGCAGAACCUGUUAAAAUCCAAGCACCGCAGCAAUCCCAACCCACUGCUACUGUGGAACAGGUCAAACCAAACGUUGCUCCGACCAAAACCGAAACGGAUAUCAAACCUCAGCCAACUGUUGUUAAGGAAGAAUCUAAACUGAGCCCAGAACCUGCUAAAAUUGAAUCCCAACCAGCAGCUGUUAAAGAGCAGCCCAAUCCGAUUGGAGAACCUGCUAAAAAUCAAAAUAAGAGUGCAUCUCCGCCAGCCAUUGCUAAAAAGGAAGUCAAGCCGGAUUCCAAACCGUCUAAGACAACCUCCUCCCCUCCACCUUCUCCUCAAAUAGCCAGUCCCAUUAAGGAAGAAACACAGACACCGACUGCAGGACCACCUCCAGCCCAAACUCUAGCCCAGAUUGUGGCUACCCCAACUGCCAAGAUCGAGGAAAAAGUAGAGGCCAAACCGACCAUCGAGUCUGACAAAAAGUUAGAUGAACCCAAACCGCCGUCUCCUCCAGAAAUAGCAGCACCUAAACAAGUGACUCCACCCCCAAUCGCAGCAAUAGCACCACCAUCGCCGGAGACUGCCAAAGCUCCCGCUGUGGCUGCUGCACCCCAGAAACAACAGCCCCCUCCUGCAGUUAAAAAACAAAAGGAAUCCCCUGCUAAGCCUCAGGCAGCCAAGCCUGGACCACAACCAUCUCAACAGGGACAGAAGCAGGCACCAGGCGGCGGCGAGGGAAACAAGCAAAAGCAAACUACCCCAAAACCUUCAGUGGGUCCCAAACCAGCAGCAGCAAAGCCAGCUAAUCAGCCCAAGAGCCAAGCAAAUCCUAAUCCGGGGCAAGCCAAGCCCAACAAUAAUAAUAAGGCGUCUCCUUCACCACCAAAGCCAAAGACACCAGCCAACACCCCAAAUGUGCCAUCGCCAAAGGCCACAACUCCAUCACCCAAAGCAGCCGGAUCACCAAAGACAACUUCUCCUAAAGCCGGCAGGCCAACUGGUGCACCAGCUAAUCCUAAUCCAACCAACUAAUGUUUCUCUUGCAUUUUUCUUUUGUACUUGCCGCGCAUUUUUUUAUUUCAAACAAUUAUCGAUAACACUUUUUCUGCAGCCCUAAUACUAACAAAUUUGUCCGAACAAUCGAGAUAGCGCUAUUCAAAAGUCCGUGACGUC